CAUGCUGCUUCUGUGCACGCACGCGCACUGGCCAAGUACCAUUGGUGACCCUUUUAGCCUUUGUGCGUACGAAUCUCCUCUAAGACUUUGAUCACUUUGGUAUUGCGUUGAUUCUGAUGUAGUUGCGACGGCACCGCAUACGGACCGUUCGCCGAAAACGCCGCGCCGCUUGGAGACGUCUUGAACAGAGGUUGGCAACGCUGCGGAACUGCUUGCAGUUUACGGAGAAAAAUGAUCAGGUGGUAAAUAGCGAUAUGCCAGCCUUCGGCGAAACGACCGGCGUACGGACAGAUAUCUUUCUUGAUGGGCUGAAAUAAGGACCACCAGAACAUUCUGACUGCGAAGCUGGUCGGUCAGUGACCAAGGCAGUUUUUCAGCCAUGGUUUCCGCAAACGAAGCUCUGCGCAUCCAUUUCUACACGCCUCGUGAACCCGUGGUUAUUCCAAACAACAGUGGUGUGCAUAUUGCUGAGGACUUGUGUGUCCUAGCGGCCAAGACAUGUGGCAUCAGUCCCGUAACGUGUCAGCUUUUUGGUCUUUACUGCCCAGACCUGGACAUUUGGUUUGCACCAUCGGCUGCUGUGAAGGACAGGGACAAAACAGUGAAUGUUCAUUUCCGCCUGCGUUUCAAGCCUCCCAAUAUGGAUAGGAUCAAGGAGGACGAAGCGGUGCUCAACUACUUGUACCAUCAGAUGCGACAAGACUUUGUCUGUGGUCGUGUACCUGAACUGCAUCAGAGCAAAGUCCAGAGCCGAACUCUGGGCCUUGUAAUCACAGAUGUGGUGCGCCACCUCAUUGAGCUGGGACAGACCCCUCAGCAGGGCAGUUACAGUUUCAGUGACUUUAUGCCUUCGGUUCUUGUCGGACCGUGGAAGAUGCGUGUGCUCAAGACCCGAAUGACCACUGCCCUCAACGAAUGUUGGCAGAACAGCCGACAAAAUGCUCAACGUGUCAAGGAGAUCUACGUAAAUGAGUUCAGAAGCAUAGUACCUGAGUAUGUGUGUGAACAGUUUGCUUCCCAAGUAGACACUGAUGGUCGGGUAUGGGAGGUGAUCCUGCAGGUCAACCCAUACCAUUCACAGCUACCGGGUCUGCGAAUGCGCCCACGGGGACCCAAGGAAAACAUAACAUGGACACAAAUCUGCUCCAUCAGUGAUCUCUGCUUUGUGAACAUGGUUCCAUCCAAUUGCACUGUUGAAAUCAGCCGUCGAAAUGGCAUACCUCAGAACCUCAGAUUUGACAGCAUCAGCCAGAUGCACUCCUUUGUGUCUCUCCUCGAUGGAUAUUAUCGGUUAACGGAGAAAUGGACAGUGAAUUUAUGUAUCAACCUGCCAACACCAUCGCUGACCAUGCUUCGAGCAAUGAGGUGCCAUGGACCAGUGGGGGCCAAGUUUGCCUACCAGAAGCUGCAGGAGAAAGGAGGGCACGAAGCAGGCUGGUACCUGAUUCGGCAGAGCUCGUCCGUUUACCGGGAGUAUCGACUGGAUUUUCUGGGAAAGAAUGCGGCACCUGAGACCCUGCGCAUUGUGCAGCUCAAGGAUGGGCGCUUUGCACUGGAUGAAUCUGCACCGGAAGAUGGCAUUUAUCCAACACUCGCAAAGCUGAUCAGUGAGGCUAUUCGCCCCACCCUUGAGGUAGAGCUGGGAUACUGUGUGCCUCCGUCUGAAUAUGACAAAACGCAGUUACUUUUGUGCCGCCCACCAUCUCUCGACGUGGAAAAGUCUGCUCUGAAGCGAGAGCCUCGCGAAUGCAUCCACUCAGGGGCACUGGUCUUCACAGAGAAUCGCAAGGACGAGCUGCCGGGCAAGUUCACCGUUGUGCGGCGGGCGUUUCUGCACCGGGAACGGAACCAGUACCGAGAGGUUGCUGUCAAAGCUCUGAAACCCCACCUUGAAGAUAGCCAUCUCAAGGAGUUCAUGGUGCAGUGUGACCGGAUGCUGUUCUGGCAGUGUGAAGCCAUUGUGAACUCCCUCGGCAUGGUGCACUCGGGCAGUUUUGGCCUGGUGUGCGAGUUCCUGCCUCUGGGCUCCCUGGAUGCCUAUCUGCAUCAGCACAGGUCUCAACUUCAAGCCGUUGACUUGGUUGAAGCGGCGAAGGGGCUUGCCCGUGCCCUCUGGUACCUGGAAGAGCAAGGCUGUGUCCAUGGCAAGAUCAGGUGCCGAAAUAUUCUUGUCUCUCAGCACGAGGCCAAUGCAUUCUAUGUCAAGCUUUCAGACCCAGGGCUGCUUGUCUACGUGAAUGAGGACAUACAUUGGAUCCCACCCGAGUUCUACAACAACCUUAACAUGGCUAAAUCGUCCAUCAAGGCUGAUACUUGGGCCUUUGGAACAACCCUGUGGGAGAUAUUCAGUUAUGGGGAGCCACCAAUGGCAGGAGUCCCUAUCACAGAGGCAACAAGGAGGUAUAAGGAAGGGGAGAGAUUGCCAAUCCCUGUUGACACACACGACGGGAUCCGGCUGCUGCUGCAAGAGUGCUGGUCGUUGGACCCGGACAGUCGGCCGCAGCCACAGACUGUCAUGCGAGACAUCAAUCAAAUAUUUUAUGAGGUCUACAACUCUAGAAGAAGUCAUUCGUAUGCCUCAGUCUACCCUCAAGCCUCUUCACCAACUGGGCUGUCUGCAGACCCAGCAAGUCCUAUGCUGGGGAAAGCAACGUCACCGUCUUUUGCGUCCGUGGAGACGAAUCGCAGACUAGAAACAAUUAGGCAACACCAUGCCCCCAUCGGAAUGUCUGCCACCUCAGCGAAUGAGGCUCUUUCACAAAGGCGUGGAUUCAAGUGGGGCAAGAAUCCUUUCCGAUUGCACUCAUCGGAAGUUAGCUAUGACAACCUUUCCAGCUGCUCUACAUCAACAGUUCAGUCAGAGGUGACGCUCCAGUCAGACAUAGGAACAUGCAUUGAUGUGGAGAGCUUGGUCAGCUUGGAGGAGAAUGCAGACAACGUCAUUUCAUUUGGUAACACAUCGCCCCUGGUGGAAGAGUCCGGUUCACCGUGGGUCAUUGACAGUCAGCAGCUGAUAAAAGGGAAGCCACUUGGCCAGGGCUUUUUCGGUGAGGUGUACGCAGCUUCCCUCAAAAAAUGGGCCGGCCUACAAGAGGAGAUGGUGGCUGUCAAGUGCAUGCGCAAGACGUCCUUGCUUGAGUCCUUUCAGACCGAGUCUGGCCUGCGGGACCUGCAGCGAGAAAUUGAGAUCAUGAAGAGCCUCAGGCACCCCAACAUUGUCGAAAUCAAGGGCCUUGUUGAAGAGCCUGAGAUGAUGCUGGUCAUGGAGUUUCUGGAGAUGGGCUCCCUGUUGACGUACCUGCAGACGUACCGAGAGAAGGUGACUCAUCCCCAGCUCAUCAAGUACAGUGAGGACAUUGCUAAUGGUAUGGAGUACCUGGAGGAGAAGCACAUUGUGCACCGGGAUUUGGCUGCAAGGAAUAUCCUGGUGGCUUCUAAAGAUCAGGUCAAGAUCAGUGAUUUCGGCCUUGCCCAGUUCACGGUCAACCACUACUACUAUAUCCGUACUCAGAACCGCAAGCUUCCAAUGAAAUGGUACGCCCCUGAGAGCAUCCUUUAUGGCAAGUUCUCAACCAAGUCAGAUGUGUGGAGCUACGGUGUUACAUUAUGGGAGAUGUUCUCCUAUGGGGAGGACCCUGUCAUACAGGGGGUCACACAGGAGAAUUUGGGCAGCGAGCUGGUGCAGGGUAAGCGACUGGCUUGCCCCGCCGACUGCCCUGCUGACCUGUACCAGCUGAUGCUCCUCUGCUGGGCGACUGACGCCCACCAGAGGCCUGGAUUUAGCCACAUCAAGGGCAUGGUGCAUAACCUAUGAUCUCCUCCUUGUCCUCUCUCACUCUCUUUGUUUUGCUGUUAUCACAGGGCCAGGUUGAUGAACCAGGAUGCUAAACAGGGCUGGUUGUCAGUACCAUCAGCAUAAAUUGAAAUGUGAAAAUCGGAAGGAAUGCCUUUUAAUAUGUGACUAUGUGAGGGGGGCCUCACCGUAUAAUCGGGGGACAUAUUCUGUAUCAAUCACUUUCAGGGAUAUCACUUUCAAGAUGCAUCAAUUGCUAAACCAGAGAAAGGGAAUUUAACAAACGAAGUGACAAACCUAUAAUCAGCUUUAUUCUCGCGCUGCAUUGUUGAAUGUAUUGACAAGACACCUGCCACUCCAUCGAGGUGCUCCUCUGAACAUUAUGUCAUACAACAGUGAUAACAUUCCUGAGAGUGACUGAUUGCGAAUACAACCUUAGUUUCUAAGCUGCUGUGACUCCAAAGCUCUGUUUUUAAGCCUGAAUUAUGCCAGUAUCACAGGCACAGGCAGACAUAGAAGUGCAAAGUCACAUUCAACUAUAUCUCGCCUUAUUCACACUUCAAUUUAUGUAUGUUGGUAGCACAUGGUACAAAUGUUGAGUGGCUGACCUACAAAGUUCUAGUUCAGCACCUGCACUGUCUUGCUCCUUCCUGUUCUAUCUCCACCUGAGCUGGAACCUCUGUUGGAACCCUUUGAGAUGAGGAGGGGUGAAACGGCAGACUAUUGUUAUUCAUAGAUGGAAUAUGGAAACCCACUGUUGUACAGUUCCUUGGUAGAUCCUCUUUUACUUCGUGUCUUAUGUUUUUUUACCAGGUUUAUGAGGUUUAUUUGAAAGUGCUGCUCUUUUUGCAGCAGUCUCCUUGCGCUCAAGACAGGCGUUCAAGGUGCCUUUGCCUUUUGCCUGUGCGAGGAGGUUUCUGUCCUCUGAAUGUUCUUGAUCUCUCUGGAAACUCUCAUCCUUCACUGGGACGUUCGGAAAGACUUUGAGAGUUAUUCAGGUAUACAGUUAAAGAAGGGACUUCUGCGCUCUUUCAGCACCCUCCCUUUAUUUUGAUUUACAUUAAGUACUUUCUUGCAUUCUUUAGUACAGGAUUUACCCAUCAUUGAAGUGCUGCACUGCUUUCAAGAAGUUCAUUAAAUGUGAUUUCAUAGCUGUCAGGCUGCUGUUCAUUCAGCAACCCUUCACCUUUUGCUUAGCCUGUGGGAUCUGUAAGACAUACGGUUAAGCACCUCAUUUAUGUCAUGGUGCCUUCUUGUGUAGCAUUUAAGCAGCCAUAAUGCUUGUUUAUUUUCCCCUUAGUUUUCUCACUUGAACUUCACACAUUAAGGGACAUGCACUUUAUUGCAGCAAUAUUAGCAGCCUUUUUUUUCCUGUGCUGUUUGCCACCAUUACCAUGACUUGCAAAUUGUUUAUUAUGUAACAACAUUCAGCUUCUUGAAAGGCAAGGAAGGAUUUGCUUACUGAGAUUGAAUGGUGACUCUUCGUUUUGGGAAACAGUCAUAGGCAGCUUGCAGUUUAGAUGAGAGAGAUGUUGCAUUUUUUAAAAGUCUGUGUAGGUCCAACAGUUGGUAGCAAUAUUGUUGGGUAAUGCCAGUGUACUUUGAUGUAUUGAUGUUUUUGUUUGAAACCCUCUAAAGGUGUUCCAAGACCAUUAUGAGGGGCAAGAAAAGUGGGUUCAUGCUUCUGCAUCUCCUUCGAAGGCACUUAGUACUUAGUACUUCCGUUGUCAUGUACAUCUCAGGUUCCACCCAUCUUGCUGCACUCUGGUAACCUUGGCUUGUGUCCACUGUUGUGGGCACUUUCACUCACAUUUCCAGUGCUCCUCUUUGGUAAAACACAGUGUGCUUUUACAAAAACUGCAAAGUUUGUAAAGAGCUAUGUUAAGGUAUCUAUCUGUGUUGGUGAGAUGAGAAGCUCUAAUAGAAAUAUGCCUUCAGGCUGAUGGGAAGUUGAACUUGUUGGUGCUUUCAUAUACGAUGUGUUGUUAUCUUUAUGCCAAAGGUUAUGUAAAUUAACACCUAAUGUUCUAAUGUUGCAUCAUUGGGGCAGCCUGGUAUGUAUGGUUAUUCAAUCAAACUGCUAUCUUGUUCAUGCUCGGUUUCUUACAAAAGUAGCAUUCGAUGGUGCAUACACUGUUUGGAUGCAGUACUCACCACUUUCAUCCAAAGUCCACAUUGUCUCUCACAACACCAGACUAAUAAAGCAACAUCCACUGUAGUGAAGACAGAAUGUAAAGAGGAACUUUUCCCUCCUGCUUUAAAUGACACUAGCAUUUCUUCCGCUAAGAAACUCUGUUAUGUUCUUCAUUUGGCACCACCAAACACAACUGGUGCAUCUUACCUAUCCCGAAUGAAAUAGGAAAGUACUGCAUUCAAAUAUGGUAUUGCAAAAAAUGACCUGCAGCAUGCUGCCUACUUAUGAAAUUUGAGCACAAACAAGCCUGCGGUUGAGCUGAAAGCUUUCUAUACCUGUACUUCUUGUCGAUGUAGCAUUCUGUAUACAUAUAUGUGUGUAACUUGCAUUUGUUAUUGAGAGGCCCAGUGUUUGUUCUAUUCUCUCUUCUAUCUUAAUAUCUCAUAUUUUAGCUGCAGACCAUUCUUUAUUGAACUUAGUCUGCUAUCUUACAUGUCAUUCUAUGACUAGUUACACACUUGCACAUGGAAUAUACAUACAUUUCUUGUGUUGCUUUCUCAGGCUACAUAAUAUAGUCGGUACAAGAGUUGUUUUAAUGAAGAGUUAUGAAAUGUAUUACAUCUCACGCUGUUUCAUGAACUGUGCUGAAUAUAGCUUUGUGUCAACAUGGGGAUCGCAACAUACCAUAUCACCCAAAUAUUAUUUUCAGCACCUAUCUUCUCUGUUGAUAGCUCUUUAACCAGGUACUGUUAUAUGAUCAUGACUGCUAUAUGUCAUCUUGCACUUUUUUUGGCAGCUAAAUUUUUUGUGAAACAUUGUGUGCAAUAUUUGCUAAACUUGAGACAGCUUAGUUCUUAGUAUUGGACUACUGCACCUAGAAUACAAAUUUUUAAAGUAGAGUUAGUGUUAAAAAGCUGGUGAUGCAAUCAGUAGCAUUAAUUUUAUGUCAUAAGUUAAGUGAUAAGAAAGUAUAUGAAAGACAUCUUUAUGUGGCUGAAAAGUUGGCUUUUAUGGGCCGAAUUGGCAUUGUGAAGUGCUACAGUGUGCAUUUUAAAAAUUACCUCAUUCUCUGUUGUUGCAUUCACAAUCGCAUAUACCAAGCUGGCUUGCUGCUGUUUUAACCAAUUUUUCAAUUAUGUUCUGCACAUCAUGUGCUGCAUGACUUGAGACCAUCGUGCCAAUGCAACCAUGUUGCUACUGUGCAAAACCAUUUCAUAAUAGAAAUGGUUCUUUGUCACACAUUGUUUGUGAUUUGCUAACAUAUAAAUUUUUGCUUAGAACGACAGAAAGCUGAGCUAGUUAGUAAGGAUUCCCUUUUUGCCCUUUACGUACUGAAAUUUUUGCCCCUUUUACGUACUAAAAGCAUAUCAUUGGAGCAGUUACCAUUAUGCUGAAAUUUAUUGAUGUGCAUAUAUCCCAUAGUGCCAGCACCUGACUAUCAUUUUGUGUCAGCAAGUUUGUGUCAUUUGUGUCAAAUGCACAGUUUGUGUCAAACUGUUCGCAUGGAUUUUUUUUUUUUUUUACUUAAGCACAGCGGUUGAGGCAUUGAAAUUCUUUACAGCAAAAGCAUAACUAUCUUAGUGGUUUCACAUUGCCUCUUAACAUGAGGAAUUCAUUUGUAGCAUCUGGUAUUUAGCUUUUAAUUUCAAUGCCAUUUGUUCGCAUUGUCAGGAAACAUAAUGUGCUCCGUGAUCUUGCAAGAACAGCAAAAAAAUUGAGUACGAUAACUUAGGCAAGUGUGUAAGGAAGAAAAGGAAAUUUAAUGCUCUUAAUUCUGAAUCAAUGUAGGUAACUGCAGAAGUUGCGGCCGCUAAGUGCUGUAGGAAUAGUGAAAGCAGCCACAAAUAUAUUUGCAAGUAUAUAGCAUUGAACUGUGUAUUAGCUCAUGGUUGCCGAUUUGCAUAGUUUGAGUCGCUGACCCAGUCUCAAUGCUCUUUGCUUAUGUGGAAGUUCCUGCUGGAUGGUCAGCCACAUGCUUUCUUAAAUGGUGUAGCCUAGAGCACUCCCUCUUUGUUGUCUGAGCAGCCAUCACUCCUGACAGAGACAUGCCUGGAGAUCACACUCGUCACUGAAGCAUAAAGUUUAGACACGACAAGUUCAUGCAUGUAGGAUGCAUUAAGGAUUCAUGAAAUAUUCAUAAAGGCAAUUUGAUGCAUCCAAGCAUUGAUGCAUGAGCUAAAGGAGCAUAUGUACUGGCCUAUGCUGGCUGAAGCUACACCACUCCAAGUCAGUGACAAAUGCAUGCUGGCUCAGAAGAUAGCUAUUUCUCUGCUACAGAAUGGUGGUGCCGUCUGUCAUCACGCAGCAUGUUUUGGCAUGUUUCUUUCUUCUUUUUUUUUGCCUUAGUGAUGAUAGAUGGCACUACGGUUCUAUUGCAGUGACAUUGUGAGCUGCAUGUAUAUGAUCGUGGGCUAGGCAUUCGUCCCUCGGUAUUGAGAACCAGUCUCAAGAAGACCGCCGAGUGCCAAAACUUUGCAGCCGAGGGAAGAUAAAGCGUAGCAAAUGUCUACAACACCAUUUACUUCAUGUGAAAUGGAUAUACGAGUUAGAGAUGGCUACUCGUUUGGCCUGCAGCAGGCCAAAUGCCACCAUGUCAAGCAGUGACAUAAUUUCUGUUGCAUCCAGAAGUGUACGGCACACAUUGAGGAAAAAAAAAACACUUCUCCUGUAAGAGAUUGAAUGGCUGACCUCUUUAUCCUAAGGCAAAGGCCCAUUCUGUUAAGAAAUGGGCCUUGGGGGGUCCUGAAGCCUCCAGGUACUCGACAAGCGCACGAACGUGAGAAGGAAAAUGAGCUGUUUUGAUAAGUCAAGGCCACAUUUCCAUGUAACAAUUUCAGUGUCUUACAAUUUUAUUCACUUUUGAUGGACCCCACCAAGGGUCAUCAAUAGCACUGUAUAGCUUGGGAUCAUCCAUCAGCUUAUGUUUUACAGCUUCAAGCCAGGGCUAUGGGAAGGUGUGCAUCUGUUGAGGCACUACGGCUUCUGUGAGGUUGGAUAGGAGCCGAGGCAGUUGCUCAUUGCAAGUACUAUCUUGAGGAGGAGGUUGAAAUACACUGGCUGACAAGUGCCGGUGAUAAAUAUUAUUAUCGGUGUCCUUUGCUUUCAGGCAAGCAUAUUUACUUAACCACAAUGGCUUCAGGCAAGCCAUAGAUGCUAGGUGCUUUGUGAAGUGAAGGUGCCUCGAGUAGUGACGUUUCCCUAUGUAGCAAGAUGAUUGGUUUGCUGGGCAAAGAGAGCUCAGUUAUAACGACAUUGACAUGAUGUUACAAAGACCUGCUGUGUGUAUCACAGUAGCACAGUUGUGCUACGAGUCAGAAUUAAUUGUCGCUUUUAUUUUAUUGAUAAGGGACAUUGAACACCUGGUUAACAGAGCUGUAAUUGAAGGCAUUGUUUCACAUCUCUCUAAUCAAGCUAUAGACAUCCGUGCCUGUGCUAUUGUAAAAUAGCUUUUGACAAUAGCGAAUUAGUUUUCGCAUUUGUUAUUUUGGUACCAGUACUGUGUGACCUUUUGUCUUGUGUGUGUUUUUUAUUGCUACUGCGGAGCAUUCUAGAAAAUUUAUUCUGCAGAGCUUAGUUUAGAUGUCAAUAGGAAUUGUGUUUUUCGACAUAACUGCUGUGGCACACUCCAAAGUCUAUAAUAUAUAUAUAAUUCAUAUGAAAAUUUUGGCUUGAUUGUAAUGGUGAUGUCUCAGGGGCAGUAUCUUAAUAUGUGUAGUGGUUUUGCAGGCAUAUUGUGGAAAGCCUUACACUGUGUCAUAUGCUUGAAUGUGCAGUUGAACAAUGGUUGAACACUCAUUGACUAGAGCACACAUAAGGUUGAUAUGGUGCUCACUGUGUUUGCCAUUGGUGAUUAAGUGGUAUUCAGAACCUACUACUGCUAGAGAAGAUGGCAGAAACGCAUUGUUCUGCCAGCAGAAACACCUUAACAAAGUAUUUAUAAUACAUAUAAUCACAGGAAUUUACUACACCAGCUCAAAUUUUAGUAAUUUCACUUUUGCAUUUUGGUAGGAACAUGUUUUCCAGAUGGCAAAUGCAUUGCACAAGUGCCAAGAGAACGGCGGCUCAGCUGUCGAGUAUUUGCCUACUGUUGCUGUCCAUUUAGUGAACCACAGUAAUUUUUUUUAAAAAUAUAGCCAUCUGUUAGAGCUGCGAGCAUGUUUCAUGUGAUGGAGCAGCUUUUCACAGAUGUGCCUAAUUAACACAUUCUGCUUCAAAACCUUAAAACUUCAUUCAAGUAAGUUUGUACAAAAUUGCUCUGAUUGUGGAACAACCACUGAAUCAGUUCUUAGUACUUCUAGUUGAAUACCAUGGCUGCUCUGAAUAUCUUGUUUUUGCAAGCUAAGUUUUCCUAUUGCAUACUCCUGGCUAAAAAUAAAUUUUUAGUUAACACUCCUGAAACAUUUGCACUAUGUUAUAUUAUCAAGCUGCAAAAUCAUGUGAAAUAACCAAUUAACUAAACAAAAGGUGAUUUCUGUGCAGUUGCUAAGAAAUUGCAACAGAGGCAUUUGCACAUUAUGUCACUGUCAGACUGUAUUUGCUGAAAGUUGCAAAAACAUGAAAGGGGUUUUCGUUGUGCUUAAUUUUUGUUCAACUUUACGCUUUUCUGGAAGUACAGUGGACUGGAAGCUGUCAUGAGCUAAACAGUUUAGAAGAGUUUUCUAUAGAAAUUAUCUUAUAAACUUCUUUUAUUUCCUGCUGAAAAAGAUCAUUUGUUUAAAAGUGGUUGUAUGAUAGGAGCACUCAAAAGAGGCUUCCACACCAUCUGGUGUCUCAUGUUGAAAUUUGUGUCCUUGUUGCAAAAAAUUAGCAGUAGUCAUUACACAGUUUUUGUUUAGCGUUUGCAACCAAACGUAAACGCAUUACCUAUGUGAAGAAAUAGCGUUGUCUUCACUGCACAUGCUCUGAACGUUAUUGGGUUUCUGCAUACAUUACAUACAUUAUACAUUACAUACAUUAUUUGGUGAGUUUAGGGUUCGAAUGUUUAGGUACGCUAAGAAAUAGCGUUGUCGAACAUGGCGGCACCAAUGGCUACCGCUUCAGUGUAAAUUCACGUGAUGGCUGCACUCUGACUCGCGUUGAUCGCCAGUAACUAUUGGAAUGAGCUUUCGCUUUCUCUAUACUCACCUGAAACAUUAGUUAUGAGCGCAUAACACGUCCAAUUUCUCAGAUCGUUCGGCGAUUCCAGCACCCGUAUGCCUAAUGAGACUCAUCAGCUUAGCAACAACAGGAUGGUUGGUAAUGAAUUGUCUUGGCUUGGAUAUAUUUGGCACGAGACACCAGACGGCAUCUGUUUUAUAAUGUCUUCCUUACCUUUGUGUUCCCUUACGGUAAACUAAAAGUGUUGAAAGGAUACACACCGCAACAUCCCGCAAAGGUGAUGACGUUUAACGUAUGUAAGGCGACAAAUGCUAUUCUAAAGUGUCUAUUGAGUGAAAAACAAAGUGUUUGUGUUUUCACCUAACGCCGCUUCAUCUUUUUAGUCUCAAACUAUCACAUCAGCUACAUCCAUAUGCUUUCAUAAUUUAUAUCAUCAUUUUCGUGUAUCCUCGUAAUGCCCACAUUAACGGUCACAUAAUGUGUAGAAUUGAUAUUUACUGGUCAUUUACAAUAGCAGACAUGGAUGCCAAAGCAAGAAAAAUGCAGUCAAACAUGUCCAAGUAUUAGGAGAUAUGACAAAAAUAAGAAAUAUGCAGGCAGAGGUUUUGUUGACAUGAGAUAGGGAUAAUUGUAGAUGCCUGGAAGGGACUUUCCUUUUGCAGUGGACAAUUUCAUGUGAUGAUGAUAAUGAUUUUCUUACUACUUUAUUGAAGUGUUCGAACUAGGCUUGGAAAACAGUUUUUUAGCUUUUGACCACUGUAAACCUGAAAAUUGGCACUUCUGCACGUGAAUUAAGAAUGCAGCUGCGUGGGUUUCUGGGAUUGUUAAACUUCUUUGGAAAUUAUGCAUGUAGGCCAUCAUUUCUUAAAUGCUUUUGUUUUAUUGAAGCUCUGAAAUGUUGAUUAACCUGAACAGGGACACCUUCCAUGUGACUUAUUGAAGGUACCAUCAAUCUGUGUUUACGGCAUCUGCAGCAAAAUUAGACAUGUCAUUGAUUGUCUUUUGUAGCAGUGGCGCAGAUAACUUUCUGCCACACCCGCCGUAGUUGCUCAGUGGCUGUGGUGUUGGGCUGCUGAGCACAAGGUCGCGGGAUCGAGUUCCAGCCACGGUGGCCGCAUUUCGAUGGGGGCGAAAUGCGAAAACACCCGUGUGCUUAGAUUUAGGUGCACAUUAAAGAACCCCAGGUGGUCGAAAUUUCCGGAGUCCUCCACUAUGGCGUGCCUCAUAAACAGAAAGUGGUUUUGGCACGUAAAACCCCAUAAUUAACUUUCUGCCAUCUUUGUAAGAGAUAGAUGCCAUUGGAAGGUUUCUCUAAAAAUGAUGUUUACUGCUGAACACAUAGCUUCACUUAAACACGUACUGUUUAGUGGUUUGAGUUGUUUGCAGCAGCAAAUGAUUAAAAAUUAUAAGUGGUGUAAAAUUCAGAUGUUCGCACCUACAGGGAUGAUAGAACUGUAAAUGCUUUGACAAGAGUAAUAUUAGAAGCAGUUUCUUGCGACUCAUCUUGCAAACAGAAGGUGUAACUUCUUUUUUGCACUUUUUUAGACCUGAUGAUGCCAUGCUGUCUAUUUGCAUAGCGUAUUUGUAUAUUUAUAUGUGUGAAAGCUGUUUUUAGUUUCUUGCAUCUCACAAGAAUUAUUUAGAGAAAUUGGAGUAUCAGCAUGUUGAUGUCGUUCCCUCAUUUUACUUAAUUAGCAAGCAAUGUUGUGGCUUAACUUCUGCCACUAUUUGCCGACCACAUUGCUGAAUCAGCUAUUUUAGCAUGUUGAGAACCUGAAUAUCUGCGUAUUGUGUUACAAACAAUUUUGUUGUGUGCAAUAUUUGAUGCUGACCUGUUGAAACACUUAACCACUUGCUUUGAAGCACGCAUAUUUUAAAGUCCUUUUUGUGUUUUGUUUCACAUACGUAAAUACUUGUAUGUUUAAUGUGUAUAGAAUAAUAUGCUAAUGUCUAUGUAUAUCCUAGGCAUGUAUGCUGUGUUCAAUAUUUCUUGAAUUCAGUUAUAUAAAAUGUACUUUUGUUUGUUACCUUGUGUGUCAGCUUAGAAUGACUUGAACAUGUACCUGAGCAAAUUGACUAAGGGGCACACAUCUGUCUUUUAUUUUGAAAAGGAAAAUAUAGUGAAGUGAAUUUUGGGCUUCACCAAUUGCAUUCACUUGAAAGAAAGCUUCAAGACCUUUUAUUUGUCAGCACAGAAAUUGUGGCAGUGCUCGACUUGGAUGUGUUGAAAUUUGACAUUAUGCUCAUGCACACUUUGACAGUUUGUACUUCUCUAUAGGAAUUGCGAGGCAAGUGUUUUUUUAGUAUGCCACCAAUUUCCAUUAGAUUGACAAUGAUGGGAUUGCAAAAGCGCAUUAAUUUUCUGGACAGAUCGACUUAGAAAAAGCUAGAAGAAAACGAUACUUAUUCCUAGCCAACAAAAUUUGUGUUGAAUGGUAUUAAGGUGAAUGACUAUCUCUUAUGUUUAUUUUCACACGUCAGAAAUCCUUUAUUAUAUCUUCAACAUAUCUGUCGUAUGCCUCGGCAUCAUGUCGCACAUUCGCUCAAAUACUGAUGACAUGAAUUCUUUUUCAUGAGAGCUUGUGAAAAUUUUCAUUACGCACAGUGGCAAUGUACAUAUUGCUCACUUGCUUGAAAUGUGUGAAAGGACAUGCUGCCAAGUAGGAAACAACUUUAUUUUUGCAUUCCAUUCACACAUAUUUAGGAAUUGCUGGCAUUUGAAUGCCUAUGCUCAUUCUAUUAACUUUCACUGUGAAAGUACAUGCCAAGUAAUGUGCUCAGUGUUAGUAUUAUUACUUUCUCUUACCUCGUGGACAGCACAAAGCAGCACAUGAUGUGAAGAUCUCAACAAGGCAUUCCCUAGGUGUGAUGAGUACUGUUGGUAUUUUUACUCCUUUAAAAUCAAUUCCUGUAGAGUGAAAAACACUUGCUGAUAUGUCAGUGUACGUUGUGCCACGAUGAUUAGCCAGGUUUUGAGUCAUGCUUGGCUUCAUGUGUUCAUGUGAUACAACAGAUGUGUGGUUUGAAAACUUUGAACUGCUUACAUAAAGUGCGUGUACUUUUUUUCUGACGUGAUGCUUGUAGAUGUUACAUUUAUUUGCUCUCUAUUCUGUUGGUUCGCCAUGCUUCUCUGAUGAGGCCCUUUCGCACUAUUAGCCCCUCUCUUAAGCUAGACAAAAUAUUGGGCUAGUUGUUAUGGACUGAACACAACGUGCAGUAGUCCGGGAAGAAGAAACACAUGGAGACACCGAGACGCCGUCAAGAGUGCUGUCAAUCAGAAGUAUUCUGGUCUGAAGAACAAGCACUUAAACACGGAAGAGCAACACGAGAUUGCCAACACCACAACCCUUGAAGGAAACAAAAUGCUCACAAGUAGUCAUUAAAGAAAUGGUUAACUCUCUUAGUGAUAAAUGAUAUCUCAUUCGGGGGUAGGAAUACAUAAAGUUUACCUGUUUUAUCUUAGCAUACACAUGUUAGUCGUGGCUUUUGUUGUCGAUUAUCUUUUGUGCUCUUUCUGUAUUCAAGUGCUUGUUGUUCAAAAUAAGUAUAUCAAUUUUGAGUGUCUUACUACUGUCUUUCCUGGUGCAUGUGCUCCUGUUACAGCAGCUUUCAUUUAGCCCUCUUAUGUUUAGUGCUUUUGAAAUGCUCAUCCUUUUCUAAUGUGCCUCUCUUAUGGAGCUUACGUGCAUGCUAACAACACUUCCAGGUUUAGCAGUUUAUAAAUGUUCAGAGAAAUGCAUCAACACGUAUGAACUUUGUUAUUAUGUUGCCAGGUGCUAUGGUGUGAAAUGGGCUUUGAGUGGCAGUGCGAUUUGUAGCGGGCAUUGCUGUGCGACUGUGUUAAAGAGAUUAAGACAUUUCAAGUGCCUGUGGAAUGAGAGCUUUGCCUUCUGUACAAGUAGAUACACACAUUAAAUGUACCUCAUAUACAUACUGUUUACUUUAUUUGCAAGCAUUGCUGUGUAGUUUUAUCAGUAGUUGGGAGGAGCAGUGCAAAGAAUUCUACUAUUGCUUUCAGUUGUAACUGUUCAGAAGUUACACUGCUUUGACUUGCACAAGCACUGGCAGUGUAGGAAAUUUCUGCUUUAAUGAAUUCAGUAAUGUUUUAGAGAGCCAUUUAGUUCAGGCAUUGCAUGAAAUUUCCGCUGCUGGGGUUGGGAUCAUGAAAUGCUUAUAAUAGUCGUGCUCACUUGGUCUUGCCUGGGCAUUUCAAUAACUUCAUGGUGCUUCAGCUCUCAGUGUUUCUGCGAAGCAAGAAUACUCUAAUAAAUUUUUAUGAAUACUCUCAUUAAAGUCGAACAUAGUACGAAAACUGUAGAUCACAUGUGAGCCUUGGGGUACUUUUGCACUGUUAGAGUAGGUGUAACAAGCUUUAAGACUGCUUUACACCGUGUGACGUUUAACAAUGUCUAUGUAAAUGGGAAUGGGAUCUCACACUAUUUUUGUACUCUAAGGAAAAAUGACCUUUGCACCUUUGACACAUGCUUUCAGUGCUUCAGAAAUGGGGAAAAUAAUUUUUGUCCUUACACCUGUGGGAGCAAGGCCAGUGAUGUGUAAAGCAUGCCACAAGCACAUGAUACUUGCGGCACACUUUUCUAUGUCUGUGAUCAUAGACUUUCCCAAAUUAGUAGUAAUUUUGUCAGGAAGCUCAGUUUUGCUAUGCCGAGGUCAAAAGCUGUAAGUAAGCAUUUAUGAACUAUGGAUAGUCUUGCAGACCCAUUGUAAUUGCUAAUGAGUCGCAUGUUUUUGAAAGCAGCUUUACUGUUUCAUGGUCCCAUAAACUGCUUUUAAAUAUGGCACUCUAAUUUACGGUGCUUGCAGUAAGCUUGAGUACUAACUUCACAUGUACAUCUAGCAUAUACAGUUCUAUCGUUUGCUCAUGAUACUGAAGAUACCUUAGAAGUUGCCUUUUAUGAAAAAGGCUGAGUCACUUUGAUAGUGAUGUUAUAAGAAGCUCAGCAAUGGGCUGCUCAAAACUCAGCACAUUCUCAGUUUGAUCCAGACACAUUUCUUAGUUAUGUUUAUCAACACAGCAUGCUUGUAACGUGUAUGUAGCACAGAGUGUCUUGCAAUGUGGUCUAGAACAUUUUUCUUAUUGCGCUGUCAUAUUUCUGCUGUGCUGAUUCUCUUUUUUCACAUCAGCUACAAAUUUCUCACAUUAAUCAUUCCCAUUUCCUCUGGUCAUUUGUUACAUAUAUGUGAUAUGUUUGUACUAUAUUCAAAAGUAUAUGUAAUUCUGCAGUACUGUCACUUAUGUAUUGCCUUUCUAAUAUGUUUGUGUCCAGAGAAUACAGCCCAUUGCUCGCUGAGCAGGCUUUUGAACUAAGAAUUGGGUGGCAUGGAACACCAUUUUGUUAACCCUUUCAGUGCCACUGACGUACCGGUAUGUUCUCCACUCUCUUCAUUUGAAUGUGCACAGUAGCACAAAGUUCGUGAGCUCCGAAGUAGGUCAGCCAUCUGUUGUAUUUUCCUAGGAGCAUAUUUUCUCAUCUCUUUGGGCUUGCUCAGCCUGAGCUUUAUUUUAGCGCUCUGCAGAAUACGUGUUCUGCAGCGCACUUUGUGGGCGUGGUUACGCUGCACAGAGGUGUGGCUUGAGGGCUUUGCACACUGCUACUGCGGCGAUCCUCCAUUCAUAUAUUCGUGCCAUAGUGCAAGGUCUGCUCUUGCGUAUUUCUGCCAUCUUUGGUACGUUCAUGGCUAAGUUUUUUUUUUUUUACUUACACGGCAAUGGUAUUGCAAGAGCAUGCGCAUCAAAAUGAAGCUAAGUAGGAGAUAUAAAAUGAAGAAAAGAAUGUGUGGACCAUACUGAAAGUGCGUUUUUCAUUAUCCGUGUAAUUUUUUUUCUUCUGAAAAACCGAAAAUAAGUCCUUGUUCAUUUUAAAACAUCUGAGAAAAAAAAAAAACUGGCACUGAAAGGGUUAAUAUCCAUUUUGGAAAUAGUGUAGGUCUUUCAGUUCUUAUGUCACCUGAUUUUCUAAGCAGGGAAUGAUUCUGUAUUCUGUAAUAAGCAGGAAGUGGCCAGCAAAAUAUUUUAAAAGAAAGAAGCCUGUACAGACAGCAUAGCUAGUAUUGCUAUGUCUUGGCCAUUUUCUUCUCCACUUAAAUAUUGUAACAAUAACGUUAUGGGGUUUUACUACCCAAAGCAACAUACAGAAUGCGAAGAGAGGUCGUAGUGGGGUUCCUCAUAAUUGUGACCACCUGGAGUUCUUUUCACGUUCAGCUAAGUCUAAGUACACAGGUGGUUUUGCAUUACAUCCUUAUCAAAAUGCAGCUGCUUUUGCCAGGAACAGAACUCACAAGCUCCAGUUUAGCAGAAGAAAGCCGAAGCCACAGAACCACUGUAGCAAGUUUUCACUUUUUUGCUGCCAUUGCACAUUACCCACCAGUAUGCAUUCUGGUUUUGUAAUGUGCAGUUCUGCAUACAAACAAUGGUAGCUGCAUUUUAGAGAGGGCAGAAUUAAAAAAAAAAUUAUUGUCUGUGAAAUGAGAUUCAGGAAGAAUUAGGUGCACGUGAAAGAACCCAGGCAAUUAAAUAUAAUAUGGACACUUCCACUGUGGCAUCCUUCAUGGCCCACACGUCCCCUGGGACUUAAAACCCCAUAAACUAUUGUUAUUGUUAUUAGUAUGAUCAAAAUGCAUAAGGAACCUUCCCCUACAAGCACCCUGCUGCAUACAAAUGGUGGCAUGCCUCAUUCUUGAUGCACUGACCAAAUGUUGGUAUUGGAAAAGGUCAGCUGUGAUGCACCCAAGGUAACGCGUAUGCCAGUGCUCUGUGGUGUUUGGAUGGUGAGCUGUGCGGCGGUGUUAUGCAGAAUGUUUGUGCAACUUACCAUAUGGCAGGCAGCAGGAUAUGCGGGGAACCUAGCUUAAAUUAUUAAAAUGAGUUCUUUUAAUUGUAGGUGGGUUUACACAUGAGGCAUUUCUUCUCAAGAGAGCCAAUCUAGACAUCUGGAAUAGGAGGCCUGCCUUGACUUUUUAUUAGCAGGUGUGGCUUUCUUCAAUUUUUGAGGUGUCUGUAAGUCACAUUGGCACACAUGAAUCCUCAGUGGAGCACAUUCUUGGCAUUUUCAUGAGUGAAAUUUUUGCUACGCUUGGCUGUUUUGCUGUGUUCGAGCAGGCUUGUGACUCCACCUUGAAACUUGCCUGCCUGUGUUUGAACCUAGCAGGCCACCAGCCGUGUAUCUUGACUGCAUAAUGCAUGCCAGUGAUUUGCAUGCAAUAUGAAGGCAUGAGUGUGAGGACAUUUAUUUUAAAGAAGGGGGACAACAGUACGAGAGUGUCAUAGAUUUACUUUUGAGGCGGUGAAGGUGCAAAGUUCUCGUGAUGUGUAUGUUUACUGACGUCUGCUUGGCAUGUGCAAACAAACUGUUGGUAGCUUAACAACACUGAAUGUGAUCAACUAAAGUGCAUUACAAGAAGCAGGCUUCAAGGUGUGCAUUUUUCCGGUAUCAUGUGAAGUGGCUGUUUGCAAUAAUUGUUUACUGUUUUGAUUAUUUUUGUGGUGAAGUGGUGUGUCCUGACCAGCAGUGUUAUGUGUUGUGCCCCUGCCUCUGGUUUCUGCUGGAGUCUGGUGAUUGACUGCAUAUCCAUACUCUCUGGUCUUGUGAUUGUUAUGUUACAUUGGUUUGCAACAUUUCAGUGAAUACUGGCCAAAUGUAAGGCUCCUCCGCUGCGAUCCCGAGAUUAGGUUGCUUUGUCAGUGUUGUGUGUCAGAACUGUUGUCGCAGACUUCCACAGCUGCAUUGGUGUGUGUACAUCAUGUGUUGUAUGCUUUGCUUGAAACCAUUACAGAUACAGCCAAAAUGUCAUUAAUUGUUUGAAAAGUAUCGGAAACACCAGCUGCAUGAUUCUCUCUUGCAAGCGUGUUACAGAUGUCACUGUAUGCCUCAAAGGUUUUUGGUGCUAGUCGAAAGUGACAGAUCAUUGUUCGCCUGUUUGAUCCUCCAGUUGGUCUAAUAAGUGGGUGUCAGGCUUAACAUUAUUUGUGCACCUUGGCAGUUCUUUGAUCUCAAGCAGAUCAGAGUAUGCUGAGCACAUGCGUGCACUUAUUUUUGCGAUGGAUAUAUACUUUUUACGAAGUUGUGCGGCUGCCCUUUGUGUGCCGUGCAAAUGAUGUAAUGAUGUACAAAUGAUAUACAUGUAAUGAUGUUCGAAUAAACAACAUUCUACCGGCGGGGUGCCAUCAGACAGAGA